CAGAGCAGUUGUGUGAUUUCCUGAGGAUUCCGUUGCUGGAGCUAGGGAUAAAAGUUCAUUUAUACACACAACAACCUGCAAGUCCAGUUUCUAUUCUUCUCUCUUUCUGCCUUCCCCUUCCCCCACUUUGAACCAGAGUAGCCAAAUUGAGGCGUGCUUUAAACAGCUUGAGGACUGAUCUGAAAGAGGAAGAAGAAUUUGUAUACAUUGGCUAGCAUAUGUGCCCUGCCCUCGUCUCCUCUUGAAAAUAGCAACAACUCAUCUUUUCAAAGAAGUUUGCCUAAAAGAGCAGGCACACUGUGAAUGGUGUUUACUUUCAGGACUUCCAGGGUAUUCAAAUUUACUGUACAGCUGACCAACGAUGAUUAGCUUUCCAAGGGACGGAUAGAUUGGAUUUACUGAAGACCUGGAGCUUGCUUCUGAGAGUGAAUGCAAAAGACCCUAAAUUGCCAACCUUCAGGUUAACAGCUUAGGCUUCAUCUGAUAUUAUAUCAUAAGAAGCGCUGACCACUAACCAAGAACAUUCGUGAAGGGUACUGCGGUGCCAGAAUUAGGCACCAAGAAGACUCUCCUAGAGAAACAUGGAUGGAGUUGGAAAUCUGACAGUAUCUUCUUCCAGUAGUAAUGCAUGCAAUGACACUAUUGAUGAUUUCCGAAAUCAAGUGUAUUCCACCUUGUACUCUAUGAUCUCCGUUGUGGGCUUCUUUGGCAAUGGCUUUGUGCUCUAUAUUCUCAUAAAAACAUAUCAUGAGAAGUCAGCCUACCAAGUAUACAUGAUUAAUUUAGCAGUAGCUGAUCUACUGUGUGUGUGCACACUACCUCUCCGUGUGGUCUAUUAUGUUCACAAAGGCAUUUGGCUCUUUGGUGACUUUUUGUGUCGCCUCAGCACCUAUGCCUUGUAUGUCAACCUCUAUUGUAGCAUCUUCUUUAUGACAGCCAUGAGCUUUUUCCGGUGCAUUGCAAUUGUCUUCCCAGUCCAAAAUAUUAAUUUGGUUACACAGAAAAAAGCCAGGCUUGUGUGUGUUGGUAUUUGGAUUUUUGUGAUUUUGACUAGUUCUCCAUUUUUAAUGUCCAAAUCUUACAAAGAUGAGAAAAAUAAUACCAAGUGCUUUGAGCCUCCACAGGACAAUCAAGCUAAAUAUUAUGUCUUGGUCUUGCAUUAUGUGUCAUUAUUUUUUGGAUUUAUCAUUCCUUUCAUUAUUAUAAUUGUCUGUUACACAAUGAUCAUUUUGACCUUACUAAAAAAUUCAAUGAAGAAAAAUCUAUCAAGUCGUAAAAAAGCUAUAGGAAUGAUCAUAGUUGUGACAGCUGCCUUUUUGAUCAGCUUCAUGCCAUAUCAUAUUCAACGUACCAUUCACCUUCAUUUUUUACACAAUGAAACAAAACCCUGUGACUCUGUACUUAGAAUGCAAAAGUCAGUGGUCAUAACCUUGUCUCUGGCUGCAUCAAAUUGUUGCUUUGACCCUCUACUAUAUUUCUUUUCAGGGGGGAACUUUAGGAGAAAGCUGUCUACAUUUAGAAAGCAUUCUUUGUCCAGCAUGACUUAUGUACCCAAGAAGAAGACCUCCUUGCCAGAAAAAGGAGAAGAAGUAUAUAAAGAAUAGUUUAAGCCCAUUUUUGAUGGAUUCCAAAAUCACUAUUUUCUCAAAUCAUUCACAGCAAAAAUAAGAGCUUCCAUCAAUAAUUUACCCUUAUUUGACUUAAUGACCUAGAAAUCUAUCUCAUUUAUGAAUUCACAUUAUUAGAGGUCCUAAAGAUAUUUUUAGUGUUAAAAUUCAGUUCAGGUCUAUGAACUAAAUUAUAAAUGAUUUUCUGAUCUUUCACCUAAAGAUGGACAAAAUUUGUAUCUUGGCACUGUAAAACAUAGGUCUGAGAUUAAAGUUUUCCCUCUCAAAUAAAAGCUUUACAAAGGGUAAGAACUAGCUUUUUAAGAUAUAAAUUUAGCUAAUAGUGAUCCUAACAUAUUUCUUUGCAUGCAUGCCAACAGAUGAGAACUGGAGUGAGCCAGGAGCUACAUAAAAUGUACUAUCAUCCUCUUUCUUUGUAGCACUGAUUGGCUAGGAAAUCACAGCCAUUUCUUUCCCUCGAGAAAAUGAUCACGUGUUAAAACAGCCUAGUCUUCAGCCAAAUGGCCCUAAAGUCUCCAUUCAAUGUACAAUCUGGAAACUGAGGAAGGUAAACCUGAUCAAAAGCUAGUUUGUCUCCAAUUUUCUUCUGAUUCUGCCUUAGGCUCCCAAAAGAGAAUAGUGGGGUUUUUGUUGCUCAUUGAGAUUCUUUUAGGGAACUCUCUCCCUAAACAAGAUGCAAUCCUUCCUUAAUAAAGCAGAUGACUGGCACUACCAUCUAAUAACAGAAAUCAUUUAAAAUUUAUCUAAAGAAGAGGAAAGGGAAUUUACUUUUCUACACACUUAUUACUGGAACCACAAUGAACUGCAAUGAUUCUCUGAAUAAAAAUUUGAAUGUUGAUAUUGCAAAUUUUAAGAAGUACUUACAUUUAUGCAUAUUGUGUAAACUAUAUGUAAGAAAUUUUGCUGUAUGCAUUUAUGAGUGGAAGUCAGUUAUAACCUUUGUUAUAUUUUAUGCUUUUUACUUUUAUUAGCAUGUUGACAGGAAUACCAAAGAUAUACUGCAGUGGUUUUUUAUGUUAUAGUGGAAUCUCUUCUUAAAAUAGCAACAGUUUGAUUAUGGCUGAAAUAUAAUAUUCAUGAGAAAGUU